AUGCAAGUUUCUCAAAUUUCACGAGAGCCAAAUCACCAAGCGAUAAUUGAAGCUAUCAAAGAAUAUCUACAUGAACACAGAUAUACUGAAACUCUUCAAUCAAUCGAAGUAAUCCUCAUUUAGAGAGAGCACACAGUGGGCAAGUCAAUGUUUUUCGAUUCAUUAAAUCACGCCUUAGAUAACGGAGAAAAAGAGUCAUUUUUCAAUAUAUGGAACAGCAAUGUCUCCCAAGAACUCAAGUCCAGCACUGAAGGGCAAGUUUUGGAAUUUUAUAUCAGAGUAUUCUUUGCAAUUUAUCCUUGCCAUGACAUAAAAGGCAGAGCAUCGAUAAAAGACCCAAACAAUAAAGUCUUCAAACAAAACAUGAACGAUUUAAAAAACUUUCUAGAGUCUAGAGGCCCAGCGCUAGCUUCUCUUGAAGAAAUCCUUCCGUUUUACGCACUGCCUUAUAUGCCGAAUCCAAUUGGCCAUAAAGGUUUUAAGGACUUGUUUACUAUGAAAUGGCUGAAUGAGCUGAAGCUCAGAGUGGGGAAUUUUAUCCAGGAAAAAGACCCACAAACCGUUCCUACAAUUCUAGACAAAAUGUAUAUGACUUAUAUGGAAAACUCCCGCACACAGUCAAGAGGGAGAGAGGAUUCAAAACGGAGUCAAGCAUUGGAAAAAGAAAUUCAAAAUCUGAAGCAUGAAAAUGAAAUUUUAGUAGCGCAGCAGAGUCAUCUGCAGCCAAAUAACUGGGAAAUCCAAUGCAGAGAAAUAUAUCAAACUGCAAAAGAGUUCAGCAAAUUAUUACAGCUUUCUCUGACUGGAAAAGCUGUAAAUGAAAGCUUAUCAAGAGCUGCCUAUGAGAAAUUAGCAAAAUUCGAUAAAAUAAUAAAUAAACCUAGCCAAGAACUUAUAGAAAAUCCAUCACCUCAGCCUUCAUUUUUCAAGUCUAGUGAAAUCCGUCUGAUCAAAGGCUAUUCCUAUCUGCCACCUAUAAACUACGCAAGUAUAAUCCGUGAUAUUUCUUCUCUGCAAGACGAUCUACAGAUAUGUGCAAUUUUACAAGCACUGACUCCCCCCCCCUUUAAAUUGGACAAAAAUAUCGGUAAAAUUUCCACUUUUUUGGUAAAUUUAACCCCCCUUUAAAUUGGAACAAAAUUUAAUUUUAUAAUAAAAAAAUUAUAUAUAAUUUUUAUCUAAAAAGUUUUUGAUAUAAGUUAAAUGUUUUCUUCUUAACUAAAAUUAAAAAUUUAGUUAUAUCUUGCUCUUUUUUAAAGAAACAAAGUAUAAAGAGCAUCUUAUUUAAAUAAAUUUAUUAUCCUUAAUUGCUAAAUUUUAAAAAAAAAAUUAAUUUUUUGUUUUAAAAAUUUCCAAAAAAAUUUUUGUUUUUGUUGAUAAAAAUGAUAUUUUUUUAUUUGGAUAGUUUUGAUAUAAAUUAAAUAGGAAUUCUUUAUAAAAUUUCAAAAUUUACUUAUUUCUUGCUUUAUUUUAAAGAAUAGAGUAUAAAUAACAUCUUAUUUAAACAAAAUUAGCACUUUGAUCGAUAAAUUUUCUAAAAUUUUUUUUUUUAUUUUUUUUAUCAAAAACAAUAAUAAUUUUUUUGUAAAUAAUUUUGAUACCAAUUAAUAGUGGCGUAUUAACUAAUAAUGAAAAUUUAGUUAUAUCUUGCUUUUUUUUAAUGGAUAAAGAGUAAAUAGCAUUUUAUUAAACAAAUUUUAUAAUCUAACUCGAUAAGUUUUUGAAUUUUUUUUUUAAAAUUUUUAUAUAUAAAAAUUUUUUUUUUAUAAAAAAUUUUAUAUUGAUAUUUUUUUUUUAAAAAAAAAAAAUUAACCCCCCUUUAAAUUGGAGCAAAAUUUUUAGUUCCAAUUUAAAGGGGGGGGAGUGAGAUGGAGGUUAACUCGUUCUCAAUUUUCUGUUAGAAAAGAACAGCUUGAAAACUAUAUCCGAUUUAAUAUCCUUUGCACAAUAAAGCCUCAUGACCUUUUACUCGACCAGCUCUUGACUUCGACCCGCAGAGUGAAAGAAUUUACAGUAAGAUUCCUCAACGUAAUUUCGUCUGAAAGCAAAGGACGCUCUUAUUUAUUACAAAAAGACAAUUUGAUAGCUCUGCUUGUACAAAUUUUAUAUUCAGAAAAACAAGAUACCAUUUUACGGCAAAAUGCUUUGGGGGUGCUGCAAAAAUUGUCUCUGAGAAAAGCUGCACAGUCAAUAAUGAUAGAGCUCAAUAUGCUGGACUGGCUUAUGAAAAUACUGAAAUAUGACCUUGACAACAUUGGAGACUAUACAUUAGAAUAUGCUGCAGCUUUGUUGAUGAAUCUAUCACUCAGAAAAGCUGGAAAAAACAAACUAGAAGAGCAUGCCUCAGAUGUAAUGACCAUGCUGAAUAAAUUUUUAAACCAUAGCAACACCCAAGUGAAAACUUAUAUUAACGGGACAUUAUACUCGAUCCUUACACGGCAAAGCAUGAAAGAAGCAGCAAUCAAAAUUGGGAUGGAAAAGAGACUGAGAAAUCUAAGCAUCAAUGCUGAAGAAAGCAUAAAAAGGCAAAUAUCGUUCAUAUUGGAACAAAUUAAACAUGAAGGAGAAAGUGAAAGCAGCACAGAAGAUGAGCAAGAAGAAGUUGAAGAUGAGGAAUUUGAAGGGGAUGAUUUGAUUGCGGAAGAAGAAGAUAUGGACGAUAUCAUUGUGCAGCAAGGAGUGCUUACUGGAGAAGGGCUUUUAAGAGAAAAAUAUUCACAGCAAGGCCCUCAUAGUUCUGAACCAAAGAAAAAGAGGUCGUCAACAGAACAGCCAAAUGCUAAGCAGAGAGAAGUUUCUGACUCUUCCACGAAAUUAGAAGUCUUGAUGAGGGAAAGUCCUAAACGAAAAGAUACAAGAGUUGUGCCUGCAGCUGAUUUGCAGCCUCCAAAAAUAGAAAAAGCGGAGAGUGAACAGAUUGACUACACAAAAGCAUUCACUUCAAGAAGCAAAAUACCAAGAACUCCAAUAUAA